GAAUCCAGUUUAUGGUUCUGAUUUUUUUUAUCAGAGGCAGAGUUAUUAUUUUAGCGUUAUAUUUUUAUAACGUAUGAAAAAAAAAAAAAAAAAAAAACGCGACGAGGAUUAUUGAGCAAUCAAUAAUUAUUAUUUCCAAGUUAUAACUGACUUAGCAAAGUCAUGUUAUUUAUUAAUCGAGAAACAGAAGCAGUUAUAUUUUAUUAGUGCUACUAGAAGUCGAGAAAUUAUUCCGACUGCAACGCAAAUUCAAUCUACGGAUUUAAUCUAGAUUCAUAUUACUGUAUUAGCAUCACCAAGGCAUGAGGAUAUAAUUUAUUUAUUCAUCAAUCUCAUUCUCAUACUUUACAAACUCUUAUAACCAAUUACAGUUUCACCUAUCAAUGCUAUGAAGUAGAUACAUGAAUAUGCUAGACAUAUAUGUAAGCAUACAAUCAUCAUUAUUUUUUUUCCACUCCCUAAUGUCUCCUACACUAUACACGCAUAAUCUCCACUUCUCCACUCCACCAACUAUCUCCACCACCUUUUGCUUUCUUCCACUACAUUUUUUCUCACCACCCUUUCCACUCCACUAAUUCCACUACACCAAACUUUCCACCUACUCCCUUCCCCACCACACGCAAGAAUGCAUCUAACAUUCCAUUAUACAGGCAACAAUCUUUUCAUCAUCUUCAUUCUUCACUAAGGAACCGAAGAGCAGCCACGAGUUCUGCCAUAAGCACACUGCUCCGGCAGUGUUUUGCAAGGCGAUUCCAGCCAUCCAAAAGGUCCGGGCGACAGAAAGUGAAGCCGAAGAAGAAACGACUCCACGCCAGCUUUAAGAACAAUUGAGGUUGAGCUGUGAUGGGCGAUGAAGUGUUACUGAGUGGAGUUUUUGUCGAACUUAAAGUAGGCUCAGAAAGGAUACAUGUCUUCAUACAUGUAUCUCAGUUAUGCAUUCCGCUGUAAACCCUGAUUAUUUCAGUUACGCCUUCCGUUGCAAACUCUGAUAAUGUUUUAAGCCAAGCCCCCAACGAUGCCUUUUUCCUUUUAAGGAAUAUAACGCGUAUACAAGUUCUUUGAGUACCCUUUUUAUGCGAACUAUGCCUUUUUCCUUUUAAGGAAUAUAACGCGUAUACAAGUUCUUUGAGUACCCUUUUUAUGCGAACUAUGCCUUUUUCCUUUUUAAGGAAUAUUUCACGCGUAUUCAAGUUCUUUGAGUAUUCUUUCAUACGCCCCUUUCUAAACCCGCUUCUUAAUUUCCCUUCCCCAGUCAUGAUUUCCCGGCUUAAUUAUCCCUAAUUAAGGCCGGUCGUGACAGAGUGGUAUCAGAGCAGUUCGUUUGCUCUGAGCCUAAUAGUUUAUUUAAGCCAAACUUAGAAUGGAUCACUAAAGUGUCUAGAGUUCAAUCGACAAAGCUCAGCACUUCAUCGUAUCACACUCAACGAAGCAUAAUGGUAUGCUCUUCCAAGUUUUGAGUUAAUGUUUACAAAAAGUGAAAAUUAUCGUAAUAGCAAAGUGAGUAACUGUUAAUAACUAUGUUAUGUUGUUAUUGAAUGAAAUGAUUUACGCAAGCGCGAUUAAGUAUGCCUAUGGAAUGAAUCCCUAUGAACAUAGAGCUAUUAAGAUAUGAGAUCACCACUACGACAGAACAUAGAAGCAAACAUAGAAAAAAUUAGAUUGUAUCUUUUGGUGGCUAUAGUGAAGGAAGCAAGAUAAGUGAUACGUAUAGAAAAAUUUUUUUAAGCUGAUGAUAUUAUAGCCACUAUAAAUCUCCAUGACUUAUGCUUAAGUAUCCAGUUUAGAUGAUGUGAUAAUAUAUGCUUAAGGAUUGUUAUGACUCAUAGAUUUGAGAUGCUAAGGACCCUUAAAGCUUACUACAUCAAUGAUCAAUGAUGUCAUUGGAGUCAUGACUUGUUUACAAGUUAUAUUAAGUUGACAUUUACAAGAAUUCUUUUGAGGCUUGUAUUAGAUUAUGCUAGAGUGUACUAAUUGGCACAUCUUUGCUAUCAGAAUGCCGCCUAAGAGAGGACGCCCUGCGAAAAACAAUAACAAUCGCAGAAACCGUAACGCUGUACCCGAAGAACCACAAGAUGCUCGAGGACAUAACCCAUCCCCUCCGCCUCCGACUAGGAGAGUCGAAGAACUCUUUUUAAGGCAAAAUCCACCUACGUUUGACGGAACGAGUGAACCGGCUGAAGCUGAGAUUUGGGUGCGUGCAAUGGAACGCCUUUUCAACUUUCUACGUUGUACUGAUGAGGAGCGCCUAUCUUGCGUCUCUUUCCAACUAACAGGAUCAGCUGACUUCUGGUGGGAAGCACGUCGAAAAAUUCUGACACCUGAACAAUGGGCAAGUUAUACUUGGGAAGAUUUUAAGACGGGAUUAUAUGAUAAAUAUAUUCCGAAAAGCUAUAGGAAGAAGAAAGAAGCUGAGUUCUACGAGUUGAAGCAAGGAAAUAAAUCUGUGGUUGAAUACGACAAGGAAUUCUGCAACAUGUCUAGGUUUGCUCCGCAACAAGUGGACACAGAGGAGAAGAUGGCAGAGAAAUUUUGUGAAGGACUGCGGUACGAAAUUAAGAUGGUUCUAGCAAGCCACGGAGGACUCUCAUACACGGAGUCUCUGAACAGGGCACUUGACAUUGAAGCUGCAAUGCCGUCAGACAAGUCAGCCCCACCAUUGAUCUCAACGCCAAACGAUCCACCAGGAGCCUCACAUACUCUCAAAGGGAAGCACAAGUGGGACAACAACGAAGACAAUAUCAAUCAGACCAGUAAGAAAGUGUGGCAAGAAAAGGAACGGGCCGAACAGUUUAUUCAACCAAGGUACGAGGCACAGACUAAUCUCGAGCCAACUGGAGGUAACCAAGGUCAGAAAGGAAUUUCACCUUGCCCAAAUUGCGGUAAGAUGCAUAGGGGUAUCUGUCGGGCUGGAACUAACGGUUGUUACAAUUGUGGCCAAAAAGGUCACUACUCCACGCAAUGCCCCAACAGACAACGAGGUUCAGCAAUUGGGAACACCCACACCCCCUUGCCAGCAAUACGUGGACACUUGCGAAAUCAGCCUCAAUCACAUCAGUGAAAAUCUUAUGGAAACACCGCAGACAAGAGAAGUUACGCGGGAACUUGAAGACAAGAUGAAGGAAAAAUACCCCGAACUGUUUUAGCAGAGAUAUGCAAAUUUCGGGACGAAAUUUUUGUUAAGAGGGGUAGUAUGUAGUAGCCCGCUCUUUUAUUUAUGAUAAAAACUAGUAAAUGCAAAUUUUUAUAAAUGAAUCCAGUUUAUGGUUCUGAUUUUUUUUAUCAGAGGCAGAGUUAUUAUUUUAGCGUUAUAUUUUUAUAACGUAUGAAAAAAAAAAAAAAAAAAAACGCGACGAGGAUUAUUGAGCAAUCAAUAAUUAUUAUUUCCAAGUUAUAACUGACUUAGCAAAGUCAUGUUAUUUAUUAAUCGAGAAACAGAAGCAGUUAUAUUUUAUUAGUGCUACUAGAAGUCGAGAAAUUAUUCCGACUGCAACGCAAAUUCAAUCUACGGAUUUAAUCUAGAUUCAUAUUACUGUAUUAGCAUCACCAAGGCAUGAGGAUAUAAUUUAUUUAUUCAUCAAUCUCAUUCUCAUACUUUACAAACUCUUAUAACCAAUUACAGUUUCACCUAUCAAUGCUAUGAAGUAGAUACAUGAAUAUGCUAGACAUAUAUGUAAGCAUACAAUCAUCAUUAUUUUUUUUCCACUCCCUAAUGUCUCCUACACUAUACACGCAUAAUCUCCACUUCUCCACUCCACCAACUAUCUCCACCACCUUUUGCUUUCUUCCACUACAUUUUUUCUCACCACCCUUUCCACUCCACUAAUUCCACUACACCAAACUUUCCACCUACUCCCUUCCCCACCACACGCAAGAAUGCAUCUAACAUUCCAUUAUACAGGCAACAAUCUUUUCAUCAUCUUCAUUCUUCACUAAGGAACCGAAGAGCAGCCACGAGUUCUGCCAUAAGCACACUGCUCCGGCAGUGUUUUGCAAGGCGAUUCCAGCCAUCCAAAAGGUCCGGGCGACAGAAAGUGAAGCCGAAGAAGAAACGACUCCACGCCAGCUUUAAGAACAAUUGAGGUUGAGCUGUGAUGGGCGAUGAAGUGUUACUGAGUGGAGUUUUUGUCGAACUUAAAGUAGGCUCAGAAAGGAUACAUGUCUUCAUACAUGUAUCUCAGUUAUGCAUUCCGCUGUAAACCCUGAUUAUUUCAGUUACGCCUUCCGUUGCAAACUCUGAUAAUGUUUUAAGCCAAGCCCCCAACGAUGCCUUUUUCCUUUUAAGGAAUAUAACGCGUAUACAAGUUCUUUGAGUACCCUUUUUAUGCGAACUAUGCCUUUUUCCUUUUAAGGAAUA